GCAGCAGGAGGCCUAGGCCCCAGCCACCGCUCUAGCUUCCGCCCCCUCCGACCGCAAGGCUCCGCCCAUUCCCUGGGCUGCAGCAGACACCGAGUGACAGAGCCAGCGCCGGGGCCGCAGAGCCCCGCAGCCCGUUAUUGAAAUCAUGAAUCCUGUUUAUAGUCUUGAAUCUUCUGGGGUUCCCUGUGCAAAUGCCAAAGGAAUUGGUUAUCCAGCCGGUUUCCCAAUGGGCUAUGCAGCAGCUGCCCCUGCCUAUUCCCCCAAUGUGUACCCAGAAGCAAAUCCUACCUUCCUAACAGGUUAUACACCAGGAACACCAUAUAAAGUAUCCUGUUUACCCACCAGUGGUGUAGUGCCACCUUAUUCUUCAUCACCCAAUCCCUACCAGACUGCUGUGUAUCCGGUUCGAAGUGCCUAUCCACAGCAGAAUCCAAAUGCACAGAAAGACACUUACUAUACGCAGGGUUUAUAUGCAGCGCCACCCCACAUAAUCCAUCACCCCACAGUUGUGCAGCCUAAUGGCAUGCCAGCAACUAUGUAUCCUGCUCCAGUUCUACCACUAAGAGGAAACGGUGUGACUAUGGGAAUGUUGGCUGGUACCACUAUGGCAAUGUCAGCAGGUACUUUGUUGAUAACUCAUUCCCCAACUCCUGUAGCCCCUCAUCCAGUUACUAUGCCCAUAUAUUGGGCUCCAGGACCACCAACCUAUAGCUAUGUGCCCCCACAGUGGUGAUUAUUCUGGUAGUGUAAGUUACCAGUGCCUACAGUUGAAACAGUGGCCUGGAUAUAAAUGUCAGUUCAUUUUGAUUAAGUUGUGCAGGAGGAAGGAUGUUUUAUAAACACAAUGUC